UCAUGUUCAAAAAGCAGAUCAUAAGUAGGACUCAAGAACAGUAAGAACUUUCACUCCUAGAAUAAGAACUUCCAUGAUGCUUUCAUUAAGGAAGAUGACAACGUCUGUACCCUUACUUGUGCAAGCCAGCCAAAGGACAGGUUUCUGUUAGAGGAAAGUGGUUUGCACUUCCAUUAUUUCCAGUGAGGAAAGGAAUUUCUUUUUAUAGCCUUGCAACUUGCCAGAAAUCAAUAAGUCUGCUGAAGGAGUUUCCUCUCCUCUGUAUCCAGCAUUGCAUAACUGUGUGGUAGACGAGUAGAGGCAAAAUGAUAUGUAGCAACAACCCUCCUAAAACCUUCCAUUGCUUAAUAACUACUGCUUGGGCAUUAUAUUCUUGUAAAACUGUAUUGUUCUGUUGUUUGGUUUUCCCUUGUUGGCUGAACUGUGAGCAACACUUAGCUCAUGCUAAGGGAACAUGACACCUUGGCAAAGUUGUUGGGAUGUUCUUAGAACUUUUUCAACUUCUCGUGUAACACAGUGGUGUAACAGGCAGGUUUUGUUUGUUUGUUUAAAAAAAACCCAACAAAUCAAAGAACAUCCUUAAAUGUGGAGAUAUUUAAGCAGCAGAAUGGCCAACAUGGUCUAUGGAGUAGGAGUAUAUUGUAUUAAGCAUUUUAUCAGUACAUGGUAAAAUAGUGGUCCUAGCAGAACAGAUCUAAAAUAGCACAGUAUAUCUAGGGGAAAAGAAUAAGUAAAAGGAGAAUACUUCUGUAUAAUAAUUAGAAAAUUCAGAUCCCCUUCCAGCAAGCAAUUGUCAAAGUCAGUUGUUUUGUUUUCACAGUACAGAGACAAGUCUCUGGAGGGAACCUAAAACUGUGAAAUAUGACAAAAACUUUAUAUUAUUUAAGAUAUCACCCUACUUUGUCCUACAGUUUGUGAUUAAGAACAGACAAUAAGUUUCUGAGUCCUGAGAACAGUACAUUUUAGCAGUGUGAGAGAACCAGGCUGCUGGUUAUACUAAUUUUCUCAAAGAUUUUUAGUUCAUCUGAGCUCAUGCUUGCAAGCUCGAGGGCAAAAUAAAAGGAGGAAGAAAUCUGCCCACACUGAAGUUCAUGAUAAAAUUCUCAUAGUGAUAGCAAGCAAUGGAGCAAGAUUCACACUGCACAGCAGAAAGGGACCUGUUGGAAGCUGUAAGCAGAAUUACUACAUCUUCUGCCACAAGUCCAUCUGAUGAAGAAGAAAAUGAACCCAAAGCUGAAAUUUCAUGUCAAGUGAGAAAAGAAAACCCAGAAAAAGAUGACCCGCAAGAUUCCAGUGCAACCCUAAGUCCCAACUCUUCGAUGACCACUAAGGAGCUUCAGGAAUACUGGAGGAAUGAAAAACGCCAGUGCAAACAAAUCAAACUCCUUUUUGAAAUCCCAUCAACCAGAAUUGUAGAGCACCACUUAUCUAAAUAUGUGAUGUAUAAAAUCAUCAUUUUGCAAACAGGGAGUUUUGACAGCAACAAGUCUGUAAUUGAGCGGCGUUAUUCAGAUUUUGAGAAACUGCACAGAAAUCUGCUGGAAGAAUUUAGCGAAGAACUGGAAGAUGUAACCUUUCCCAAAAAAACUCUAACAGGAAACUUCACAGAAGAAAUAAUCAAUGAAAGAAAAUUAGCCUUCAAGGACUACCUGAGACUCCUAUAUUCUAUGAAGUACAUCAGAAGAUCAAAAAAAUUUAUUGACUUUUUAACAAGGCCAGAGCUUCAGGAAGCAUAUGGUUGCCUGCGGGGUGGCCAGUACACCAAAGCUUUGGAAAUCCUUUUAGAAGUCAUUGGGCUGCAGGAAAGGCUGACGAGAGGGAACCCUUUUGCCAUUGUCCCUACUCUCUGUGCCAUCGUGGUGUGCCACAAGGACCUGGAAAACCCAGCAAGUGCCUUUGAAUAUGGAGAAAAAGCUCUGUCACGCCUUUGUGUGCACACCAGCCACAGGUAUUAUAUGCCACUGUUAGAAACAAUGAUCACUCUGGCAUAUGAGCUUGGCAAGGAUUUUCUGUCUUUGCAAGAAAAACUGGAAGAAUGGAAGACAAAGAAAGAUCCCAUACGGGUCUUUACUCUGAAAGAACUUGCAGUUCGGGAGUACGUACGGUGAACACAAAAAAAUUUAAUGAAAGAGCAAAAUCUUGAAAGAAUGAGAACUGAAAAUUACCUGAUUGGGUUGCAUAACAUUGUAUUAAUAGGAAAAAAAAUUAAAUAUCCUCUAUGUUCAAAGGGACAUUAACAUCUAUGUUGGAAUAUAUUACAUCUACUGUACAGAUAAGAGGAGUUCCCAAGGAGCACUUUAAGGUUUCUUGAAGGAAAUGUGCAAGAAAAUAAUCAUUUAUGAUUUGGUUCUUUUGAACAUAGCUUAUUUUGUGUGAUAAAUCAGAGUAAGAAAAUACAAUCAAUAAAGCACUUGAAAAUCUACAGAA